AUGGAUGAGCACCAGAAGAAACUCAAUCAGCGGCAUGAAGGAAGGCCCCGCAAAGUGAGGUUCAAAAUAUCCUCAGCUUACAGCGGCCGAGUGCUAAAACAAGUCUACGAAGACGGGCAGGAGCUGGAGCCCCCGGCCAAAGAGCGCACCCGGCGUUUCCUCCGCCACAGCUUCGAGCCAGGGGACCUUUGCUGUGGGGCUGGGGAAACGCCAGAAAACAGGUUUUACUCGCCGGCCAAGCUGACUGCCCAGCAGAUCAGCAUAUUCAAGGAGGAUAAGAAAUACAGCCUCACCAGUAACUCGCCUCUGCUCAGCGACUGCCAGCCGAGCGACAGUCCCUGCAGGGCUCCCCCAAUUCUAGAUUUUGGCAAGAUCAUCAUCUACACUAAUAACCUGAAAAUCGUCCGUGCACCGAUGGACCAGAAAGAGCUCAUGAGAAGAAUCAUCCAGACUGAGGGAAUAAGGGACUGGGCCUUCCUACACCAAGAAAGGAAAGAAAGACUCGGUGGCGAACAUAAGAAAGCUGUGGAAAAAAAGGCUGCCUGCAACCAGUAUGUGCAG